CUGGACUUCGAAACACCCGCUGUUACUCUGCUUCGGUGCAAUGUGACCACGGCUCAAGCUCAAGGCAACCGGAAGCAAAAUGCAGUGAUACAGGGUGCACCAGAAUCAACUGCUUCCGUUGCUGGGGAUAAGAAGGAGCACGAUCGAGGUCUCGUUCGGCAGUACGCUAAAUCACUGCUAAGAGGCUCUGAGUCUGUAAAAAUUCUCAAAACAUAUGAACCGGAUCAUGAACUCAAGGAACGCUGGAAAAUGCGACUUUUGAAAAACGAUUUUAAGGACCGAAAGAACAAAGGCGACACCGGCCUGCAAAUAAGAUGGUACCUCUCGCCUCAUCUCCGUGGGCACACAAUGAAGCUGUGCACGAAGAUGUCCAAGCUAAACCUCCGCAAUGAAUUCUUCACGCAACGUGCCAUACAACAGUGUGACAACCUUCCACAGUCAGUCGUGGAUACCACUUUCCUUCAGUUGUACAAACAAUGCUUGAAUAAUUACAUGUGUCACCUCUCUUCCCUCCAACUCUGA